AUAAUUUCGCAGGGAGAGUCUCACUGAGAGAAUACAAUCCAGUGUGGAAGUGUGCGUUGAGCGUCAGUGUGAAGUCGUGCGAAAGGAGUGUACUUGUAAAUUUGUGUGUCGUGAGUACUGAAGCUUGAGUCAAUCUUUUGAUGUCUGUGCGUGUGGAUGGCAUGAAGCAGCCGCUCACCCCAUUUGGAAGUCCAGUGAAUGGAAACAUGGGGUCCCUGACAGAGCAGGCUGCACGUCUUUUGGAUUUCUCUCAAAAGUUGGACAUCAACCUGUUGGACAACGUCGUCUGUUGCAUGUACACCGGUGAAGGAGCACAGCAGCGACUGGCUCAAGAAGUGCUGACAACGCUAAAAGAGCACCCAGAAGCGUGGACCCGUGUGGACACCAUCUUGGAGUUCUCCAAAAACCAGCAGACAAAAUAUUAUGCCCUGCAAAUUCUGGAAAAUGUUAUCAAGACACGUUGGAAAGUGUUGCCUCGAAAUCAGUGUGAAGGUAUUAAGAAGUACAUUGUGGGUCUCAUCAUCAAGACUUCAUCGGAUCCCGAAAUUCUUGAGCGGGAGAGGGUCUACCUCAACAAGCUCAAUAUGAUCCUUGUGCAGAUUCUGAAGCGUGAGUGGCCCAAGAACUGGCCAUCCUUUAUCAGUGACAUAGUCGGUGCCAGCAAGACCAACGAGAGUCUCUGUCAGAACAACAUGAUCAUCCUGAAAUUGCUUAGUGAGGAGGUGUUUGACUUCUCCAGCGGACAGAUGACCCAAGCCAAAGCCAAGCAUCUCAAAGACACCAUGUGCAGUGAAUUCUCCCAUAUUUUUCAGCUUUGUCAGUUUGUCAUGGAAAAUUCUCAAAAUGCCUUGUUGGUUCAUGCGACGUUAGAGACGCUCCUCAGGUUUCUCAACUGGAUUCCCUUGGGGUACAUCUUCGAGACCAAACUGAUCAGCACUCUUGUUUUUAAGUUCCUAAACGUGCCCUUAUUCCGCAACGUGACCCUGAAGUGUCUGACGGAGAUCAGCGGAGUAAAUGCAUCUCACUACGACGACAUGUUCGUCUUGCUCUUCACACAGACAAUGGCGCAGCUAGAGCAGAUGCUUCCUCCAUCAACAGUGAUCAAGGAUGCAUACGCAAAUGGACAGGACGAGGAACAGAAAUUCAUUCAGAACCUAAGCCUUUUCCUCUGCACCUUCCUCAAAGAACACGGAGGACUGAUUGAAAAACGGCCGGAGCUUAGGGACACCCUGCAUGCGGCCCUGCACUAUCUACUGCUAAUAUCGGAGGUGGAAGAAGUGGAAAUUUUCAAGAUCUGUCUCGAGUACUGGAACACGCUUGCCUCUGACCUUUACCGGGAGGUCCCAUAUGCGCCCCUCUCGGCGUCUCCGCUCUACGUGGGUGCUCCUGGUUCUCCGGGAUCUCGCACCAGCACACCCCAGUCUGCGCGACGUCUGCUCUAUAGCGCCGUGCUCACAAAGCUGCGUUACAUCAUGAUUGGCCGCAUGGCCAAGCCCGAAGAAGUGCUCGUGGUGGAAAACGAGCAGGGUGAAGUGGUCCGAGAAUUUAUGAAGGACACAGAUUCUAUACAGCUCUACAAGAACAUGAGGGAGACACUAGUAUACCUUACCCAUUUGGACUACAUGGACACGGAAAGGAUCAUGACGGAGAAGCUCCACUACCAAGUGAAUGGAACAGAGUGGUCGUGGAAAAACCUCAAUACGCUGUGCUGGGCCAUCGGAUCUAUCAGCGGCGCCAUGCACGAGGAGGACGAGAAACGCUUCCUGGUCACUGUCAUCAAGGAUCUGCUGGGACUGUGUGAACAGAAACGUGGAAAGGACAACAAGGCCAUCAUUGCAUCCAACAUAAUGUACGUGGUGGGACAGUACCCUCGUUUCCUCAGGGCCCACUGGAAGUUCCUAAAGACUGUCGUCAACAAGCUCUUUGAGUUCAUGCAUGAAACGCACGAUGGUGUUCAAGACAUGGCGUGCGACACGUUUAUCAAGAUUGCCCAAAAAUGUCGCCGGCACUUUGUGCAAGUGCAAGUAGGGGAAGCGGUGCCCUUCAUUGAGGAAAUCCUGGCCAACAUGAGCUCCAUCAUUUAUGACCUUCAGCCUCAGCAAGUGCACACGUUCUGUGAGGCGGUCGGCUACAUGAUCAGCGCGCAGGCGGACCAGGCGGUGCAGGAGCGGCUCAUCGACAAGUACAUGCUCCUGCCCAAUCAGGUCUGGGACGACAUCAUCAAGCAAGCGAGCAAGGAUGUGGACAUUCUGAAGGACCCAGACGCAGUGAAGCAACUUGGCAACAUACUAAAGACAAACGUGAGGGCUUGCAAGGCUCUUGGGCAUCCUUACGUUACACAGCUGGGCCGCAUCUACCUAGAUAUGUUGAAUGUCUACAAGGUAAUGAGUGAGAACAUCAGUGCUGCGAUUGCACUCAAUGGGGAAGGUGUCACAAAACAACCCCUCAUUCGCUCCAUGAGGACAGUGAAGAAGGAGACUUUGAAGCUCAUCUCUGGCUGGGUAUCCAGGUCCACAGACCCAAAGAUGGUGUUGGAAAACUUUAUUCCACCCCUGUUAGAUGCAGUUUUGUUGGACUAUCAACGUUGCACCGUUCCGUCUGCCCGGGAACCCGAAGUACUUUCUGCCAUGGCCAUGAUAGUCCAUCGGUUAGAGGGUUUCAUCACCUGUGAGAUUCCCAAGAUCUUCGAUGCCGUGUUUGAAUGUACUCUUAGCAUGAUCAACAAGGACUUUGAAGAGUUUCCAGAGCACAGAACAAACUUCUUUCUUCUCUUACAAGCUGUUGUCACUCACUGUUUUCCAGCUUUGUUGAACAUCCCACCAGCACAGUUCAAGCUUGUUCUGGACUCCAUUAUCUGGGCCUUCAAGCACACCAUGCGCAAUGUUGCAGAUACAGGUCUACAGAUCCUGUACCAGUUGCUUCAGAAUAUUGCUCAAGAAGAAGUGGCAUCCCAGAGCUUCUACCAGACGUAUUACACGGAUGUUGUGCAGCACCUUUUCUCUGUUGUCACGGAUACGUCCCACACCGCAGGUCUCACAAUGCAAGCAACUAUACUGGCUUACAUGUUCAGUAUAGUGGAAGCCAACAAGGUCACCGUGCCCUUGAAUCCCACAGUACAAGCCGUCUCAAAUGUCGUCUACGUUCAGGACUUUGUGGCCAACCUCCUCAAGUCUGCAUUUGCACACCUUACGGAUCCACAGAUCAAAAUCACUGUCCAGGGGUUUUUCAACCUCAAUCAAGACAUUCAGGCAUUCAAAGAGCAUCUGCGAGACUUCCUCGUACAGAUCAGAGAGUUCACGGGUGAAGACAACAGUGACCUGUUCCUGGAAGAACGCGAAGUGGCCCUGCGGCAAGCGGAAGAAGAGAAACGGAAGAUCCGAAUGUCUGUUCCAGGCAUCCUCAACCCUCAUGAGAUUCCGGAGGAGAUGCAAGACUGAGGGAACCAAAGUCACCCCCCACAAUACUAGUGCGCUUAAGUUCUGAUGAUGGCUGUAUUACCAUAUCUUUAAACUCCACCAAAUGACAUUCGAGGAGCCGCAGCAAAACUGCAUUGGUAUGUCUGAUCAUCUUUCUGUUUGACAUGGUGUGUGUGUGUGUGCGCGGGAGAAAAAAAAAAGACCUCUUGAAUUUAAUUUAUUUUGUCCCUUGUUUUCUCAGCUACGCUUGACAUUGUAUUCACCUAGUGUGGAGUAGAACAGAGUGGAAUAGACAACGUUUGCAAUGUAAAAAGAGAACUUUGUGGGACGCUUUCUGAUGCAGUGAAGAGAUGUGCAUGUGCAACUGGUGAAAGUGACAUCGUGUGAGAGUGUGGACAUUAGUGUGCAUGUGCAUUGUGGGACCCAUUGCUGUUUUCUUCCAAAGUCGCUUUUAUUGUUUCAUACUUGAAGAAGACACGUUGCUGGAAUAAAUGGGUCUUUUUACGGAACA